AUGAUUCCAUACGAUUGUUACGAGGUCGUGCCAAGUCGUGUGGUCCUUUUUGUGUUCCUGUUAGUAGUUGUGCCUGCUGGUUGCGCUACCAGCAGGCCUCUGUAUCCACUUCCGGGCAGAAGAAAUGAUAAAAGCAAACAUCCCUUACAAACUUUUCGCCCCUUUAACAUUGCACAUCGAGGUUCAAAUGGAGAAUUCCCCGAAGAAUCUGCCCCUGCAUACAUGAGAGCAAUAGAAGAGGGCGCCGACUUCAUAGAAUCCGAUAUCCAAACCUCAAAAGAUGGUGUUCUUAUUUGCAUUCAUGAUGUAACGCUUGAUGCUACCACUGACAUUGCUGACCACAAGGAACUCGCUAAUCGGAAAAGAACUUAUGUUGUUCAGGGUACCAACACCACCGGCUACUUUGCAGUUGAUUUCACACUUGAAGAACUAAAAUCAUUGCGCUUGAAGCAGAGGUAUCCAUUCCGUGAUCAACAGCAUAAUGGAAAGUAUCAGAUUAUUACGUUUGAAGAGUUAUUGUCAAUUGCACUGGAUGCUCCCAGAGUUGUGGGAAUAUAUCCUGAGAUUAAAAAUCCAGUUUUUAUGAACCAACAUGUGAAAUGGUCAGAUGGGAAGAAAUUUGAAGACACGUUUGUGGAAAUACUGAAGAAGUUCGGGUACAAGGGAUCAUACAUGUCAAAACAAUGGUUGAAACAACCUGCAUUCAUUCAAUCGUUUGCGCCAACAUAUCUGACUUACAUAUCCAACCUAACUGAUCUUCCCAAAGUCUUCCUAAUUGAUGAUGUUAAUAUCAUCACUGAGGAUACCAAUCAGACAUUUUAUGAAAUCACUUCGGACAAGUACUUGGAAUACAUCAAGGAUUUUUGUGUUGGGAUUGGACCUUGGAAGGACACAGUUGUAACAGUUUUGGACAACUAUCUACAUCAACCUGGCGAUAUGGUUGCUAGAGCUCAUGCUCUUAGCCUUCAGGUUCAUCCGUACACGUACAGGAACGAGAACCAGUUCUUGCACUUUAACUUCAGCCAAGAUCCAUAUGAUGAAUUUGAUUAUUGGAUUAACAAGAUUGGGGUGGAUGGACUCUUCACUGAUUUCACUGCUACCCUUCAUCAGUUCCAGGAAUGGACUAAACCUUCUUCAUCUUCUCAGGGAAAAAAUGCAGCCAAACUUAUAGAAAAGAUUGAAUUGAUGAUCUCCAAGUUCAGAAAUUCUUAA